CAUGGGAGGCCAAACCCAGAUUUGUUCGCUUUUGUCAACUAAAAAUCAACUGAAUGUGACUCGUUCUAUGAGAAAGUCUUUCGAUUAAAAGAUGAAAUUAACCAAGACAAAACUAAACACGCUGCUCAUAUUAACUCUAGCAUUUCACAUAUCAUCUUCAGAAGCUUCUGGUGAUGAGGCUCUGAGGAUCCUGGUUGUGGGAGUCAGAGGUCAGUCCAGAUUCAGUGCUGCAGAUCUUCUGUCAGGAAGGAAAGACGGAGGACAGGAGGACAGAGAGAUUGUAAAGACUCCAGUAAUUACAGACGGGGCUCGUAGAAUGAUGCUGGUCACUGGACCAAACCUCUGUGAGGAGGACACAGAGAGACAGACCUUCACAACAGCGCUGUUUCUCUCGUCUCCUGGACCUUACGCCGUUCUAAUGGUCCUGAAUCUGGAAGAUCAACAAUCACAACAGUGUGAUAUUGAGAAACGAGCCCAGGAGCUGCUGGGAGCAGAAGUCCUGCAGUACUGCAUUGUUCUUCUGCUCCAAAAAUCACCAGGAACCUUUGACAGGAGCCUCCAGAGGGAUUGCUGGAGAAAUGAUCAACCUGGAGUGACACUCUCAGUGGGGUUUGCGACUGUAUUUGCUCUGUUCGGUCUGAAGAUGUCAAAGGUCCUUAAUCUGGAAGAUCAACAAUCACAACAGUGUGAUAUUGAGAAACGAGCCCAGGAGCUGCUGGGAGCAGAAGUCCUGCAGUACUGCAUUGUUUCUUCUGCUCCAAAAUCACCAGGAACCUUUGACAGGAGCCUCCAAGAGGGAUUGCUGGAGAAAUGA